UCACUUGCCGUAGAUUGGACCAAGCGCAUGCGCUUUUCCGCUAACAUCCCUACAGCAAUGGCGUCCUCCAUUGCGAUGUGCAGGUUACAUAUGAGGGGAAGGAACAGUCUGGUAAAAUACCUUAAGAAAGUCGAUACAUUUCUUCACAAAAAUACUCUAACAAGUGCUGCUGUUCUAGGUGAAGCACUUCGGAAAGACGAAACUGAUGAAAAGGAUGGACGUAAAUCUUUACAUGCUGUCCAGGAAGAGAGACAAGGGCAGGCAGAGAGAUCUGUUCUCAUUGGCUGCCCCCCUAAAACCUCUGAGAAAAGGUUUCUCAAGCAUUUAUCAAGACAUGGAGAUAUCAGCAAAUGCUUCUUUUAUGAAAGCUAUGGAGUAUAUGCUGUAGUGGAAUUUGCCAGACUGGACAGUGUUGCAUCAUUGCUUGAAGAGGCAGCCAUUCCUAACUCCAGCCAUGAAGCUGUGGUGCCUUUUAAGUCAAGACUGCUGUCACUGAAGAACCUUGGUUCGGUGGACUCGCCAAACCAGCAGUCAGGCCAUCAGUGCCAGCCCCAAACUGCUAUUCCAAUCAGCCAGCUCACACAGAGCCUGUCCAGAAAGGAAAGUAUAGAGCAUCAGAUAACCUCCCUGACAGAAGCUUAUCAGCUAACAGAGGAGAACACUCGACUGCGCUUCCUCGUCUGCUCUCUGCUCAAGGACAUUGCCUCUGCUUAUUUCCCAGAAUGCUCCAUCAAGCCAUUUGGCUCAUCAGUGAAUGGCUUUGGAAAGCUGGGCUGUGAUCUCGACAUGAUUCUGGACCUGGACAACAUCAGCGGGAGAAAAACAAACAUGCCAAAAUCAGGUCUGUCCCUGGAGUACCAGCUGAAGAGGGCCAACUCCGAGCGGGCUGUCACCCAGAGCAUCCUGUCUGUCAUCGGGGAGUGUUUGGACCAAUUUGGGCCAGGGUGUGUUGGGGUGCAGAAGAUUCUUAAUGCACGAUGUCCCCUGCUCCGGUUUGCCCAUCAGCCCUCAGGUUUUCAGUGUGACCUCACUGCCAACAACAGGGUGGCAAUCAAGAGCACAGAGCUGCUCUACCUGUAUGGAGAGUUGGACCCGCGAGUGCGUUUUCUGGUGUUCACUGUGCGCUGUUGGGCCCGAACUCACGGUAUCACCAGCAGCAUUCCUGGGGCCUGGAUCACCAAUUUCUCCCUCACUGUCAUGGUGCUCUUCUUCCUGCAGAAGAGGAAUCCCCCGAUUAUCCCCACCCUGGACCACCUAAAGAACCUGGCAGGUCCCGAGGACAAGAGUGUGGUAGAGGGGAACGACUGCACGUUUGUCAGCGACUUCAGCAAAAUCCAGCUCCAGAACAACACAGAAACACUAGAGAAUCUGCUGCAUGACUUUUUUGAGUUCUAUGCCAAGUUUGCCUUCAGUAAGAUGUCCAUAAAUAUCAGAAAGGGCAAAGAGCAGAACAAGCCGGAGGUAGCCCCGCUGCACAUCCAGAACCCGUUCGAAACCUCUCUGAAUGUCAGCAAGAACGUCAACACCACACAGCUAGACCGCUUUGUGGCUUUGUGUCAGGAGAGCUCGUGGCUGCUCCAUCAGAGCCAGACCACCCCACCCAAAGGUCAUAAACAAGGCAACAAUCCUACACCUUGGGGACUUGCUACCCUCCUCCUGCCCUCCCAGGUGGCAGGGAUCAAAAGUCAGAAGAAAAAGAGACGGGGGCCGGCAACUGAGAGGAUCAAGAGCUUGCUGGAAUCUUUGAAGAAUAACAGUAAGCCAGAGAAAAGCUAAGACUCUUUGGAGAUCUCAAAAAUCAGCUCCAUCCUCUUACCUUUGCUUUAACUCAUUCAUUGGUGGACACCUUCUGGUAUUUUUAACCGGUGCCACACCAAGAAGUGAAGAGCAGCCUCUGCAAUGGACUGUAGUUCCAAACAUGGACACCAGAGGGUGUUACUGAGGAGUGUGUAUGCAUAUGUCUGGGACCUUGAAUAGUGGAGUGAUUGUUCUUUACUGUAGAUUUGGCUUCACUGUUGUAAUUAAAGCAAAUACUCAUCAAAGUCCUGUCGAAUGCGCAUAUAGGAGCUAAGACUUGACAUUCACGAGUUCAUUUAAUGCAAAAUCCAUUGUCCAUGGAUAUUUUAAUUUACACUCAUAACCAACCACAUCUGUUUACACCUCACACAGAAUUACUGUGGAUAUAUUUUUUGUAUUAAUGUAAUAAUACAAAUGGAAUAAUCAAGAUUUUAUUACAAACAUUGGGUCUGCCUGUUAUGAAACUUGACAAAAGGAAGUAAAAGGGUUUCAGAUGCAUCCAAAUUAUAAACAAAUUCAAUACUAAUAGUUAAAUAGUUAAAAGGAAUGCAGAGAGAAAUAUGAUAAAAAAAAAAAACCCAAACCAUUCCUUUGCCCCAAAUAACUUGUCAACGUAAAUUAAAGAGCGUUUUUUUUUCACUCUGUUUAUCACUGACUCUCUCAUUUCAGUUUUCUGACUUCUGAUUAUACCAGAGCAAAUGGAGGGAUUUAGGCACCUUAAUUACCUGCAAUGGAGCAAGUGAACUAAUCAUCAAUACUAGAUAAUAGUGUUGUAGUAUAAAUGUGUGUGUGUGUGUGUGUGUGUGUGUGUGUGUGUGUGUGCCCACCUGUGUUUUCAAGUAAGCUAGCGCUCCACACAGUCAUUCAGUAGGCUACUCCAAUUUAAUGCAUGUCUCAGUUUGAGGAAAAUUUGAAGUUGGGGAAAAUACCAUGUAGAUAAAUGAUUAAACUUGCACAAAGACCAAAAACAAAAAAAUAAAAAUGUCAACUUAUUGGUGUUAAAAGAA